CAGCGAUACAUUAGUCCACUGUCGGCUCGGUCACGGAACGCACGCGCCCCGGGCAACCACACACCGAUCACCCGAAACCCGUACCGAAGAUUGGACGCGUGCGCGAAGUCGUCGUGCUGCAGCAAUCCGUUCCAUUCCUUCCCGAAAGUUGACAAGCCGCGCACCGGGCCGCCCCAUUGCGCAUAGCGUCACGCGACCGCGUGUUUUGAUUUCUAGCUCGCCAACUUUUUGCCAACUGAUAAACACACCCUUUGCUUUGGCAAUCGCGGGACCAAGUUCCCAGUGGUGUUUGCUGUGUGUUUGCGUGUGUGUGUUUGUUUGUGUGGUGUUUGUGCAAAGUGAAGAUAGGCGCUUCCCCCACUGCGCUGUGUUGAACGGAACGCAACACAACGGAUCGUUCACGCAUUGUUUUAUCAGCAGCUGCCUGUCUUAUAUCAGUGCCGGGGCAGAUAUGAAUGAUACAACGCACAAGGAAGCGUACGUGCGGGAUGUGCUGAUACCGGGGAUGGUGGCACGCGGCCAGCUUUCAUUCACCGAGCCGGUUCCGGCAGGCGUUAAGACGCUGCUCAAAUCGGUCGAAGUUAAGCCGCUCGUCACCAAUGGAUUCAUGCUGACGAUACCGUUCGUGGUAACCGUGGUGCUGGAGCGGGAAGGCUCUGCGCUGGGCAAGGAAGCCCCGGAACCGGAAACACUGCAUCUGAUAGUGAAGAUAACGCCCGAUUGCAACAAGGAGAUGUACGAGAGCUGUCAAUUCGAGACACUGUUCGAGAAUGAAAUGAUCGCUUACACGGAAAUCAUCCCCGCUCUCGGAAAGGCAGAGCUGUAUCCAAGGUACUAUCACUGCGAGCGGAAACCAGCGGAAGCAUUAAUGGUAAUGAGCGAUUUUUCCUUUUCCGGCUGGAAAAUGGCCCCGAUGGUCGUCAACCUGCCAAUGGAUUACAUUAUGCUUGCCGUGACCGAGCUGGGGCGCUUUCAUGGCGAAUGUUACGGCUUGAAGGUGGCGCACCGUCCCCAGUUCGACAGCAUGAUUGCAAAGUUUAAGGAAUCUCGCUACGCCGCCGACAUUACGGACCACACGUGGAAAGCGGUCAUGACCGUUGCACCGAUGCGUGCCAUCAAAGCCCUGAAGGAGAGCCGGUUCAAGGGCCUGGUGCCGGCGGACUACCUGGAAAAGCUGGCCCGCCUGUUCCAGGAUCCGUGGGAGCACGCGAAGGGUAAGGUGAAGCCGCGCGAACCGCUCGCCGUCAUUUGCCAUGGCGACUAUCUGCGCAACAACAUGGCGUUCCGGUACGCAGAUGCGAAGAACCCAGCCCGACCCACUCAAGUGAUGAUGUUUGACUUUCAAACGCUGCGCUACGCAUCACCGAUGAUCGAUUAUGCUGCCUUCCUUGCCAACUCGACCGGGUACGCCGAGCGGGAGCACCAUUUCGAUACCAUCUUCCGCACCUAUCACGGUGCGCUGGUACAGACGGUGGCCACCGUCGUCGGCGUUUCCGAGCCCGCCGAUCUGCCACCGUACUUCAGCUACGAAUCAUUCCAUCGCGAGCUGGCCGAAUACUACUCGUACGGCUUCAACAUUGCGUCCGCGUUUUUGAUGAUACUGCACGAACCGAUGGAGAUAUCAUUCACCGAAAACAUCUUCACCGAGGAGGAAUCGGUGGCCGAUGCGUGGAAGCGGGGCGGCGAACCACUCGACCGGGAGCUGGCGGCGAUGGUGUACGAGAUGUACCGGCUCCACUCCCAGUACGGGCUCGAUCCGGUGUGAUCGGGUUUCCCCUGGGCGGGGCGCGCGGGUCGAUGGAAGUGCUGAACAGGCUCACCACAGCAACACGUGCGCGCACCGUUGACUUGUGCGAUGGGUUUUAACGUUUUAAUUUUGCGCCACGAUGGUUAUUGGAGGGAAUGGUGUAUUUGAUCAAUAGUGAUAAAGGUUCUGGUAAGAGCAGCUUCCAUUAAGA